CAAACGGCAUUCCGGGGUGGAGACUGAGGUGCCUCGAUGCUACUGUCAUAACCCGACAAUAUUUACAAAGCUGUCAGACUUCAGAGAUUUGUGUUGCUCUUUCUGAACAGGGUAUGGGCUUCCUGGGAACCAGGGACCACUAAGUUAUGAAGCUCUUUCCUUCCAGACCUUCCCUGUACUCCAGUUACUGUCACAGCCUAAGCUUUACCCGCUGCUGCUCUCCCAACCACCAUCUCUGCUCUCCCAACCACCAUCUCUGCUCAGCCUGGUACUAGCAGCUUGGCUCAGACUCACUUCAUCACAAAGAAGAAAAAAAGAGAAAGAGAGAGGGAGAAGAGAUCCCUCCCCAGCUGCCAUCCAGACACACAUGGUGCAUAGCUGCCAUUCUCUAGCCUCCAUCUAUCUCUGUGACCCGGCCUCCAGCUAGCUCCUGGCACACAUCACAUAGCCUAGCCUAGCCCAGGGCCUGCCCAAGGGAUAUAAAUAGGCAGCAUCCAGCUAGUGUGUGGAGAGUGCACUUGUUUCCUUUUUUCCCCGGGUCAUACACACGCCUAGUAGGGGUCACACCCAUUUGUUUUCUGUCUUCCCUCUGCCUGGAGCAGUGGUAGUUAGUGGUGGGACCGAGGAGAGAGUGACGAGGCAGAGACCAUGGAGGUCAAUAUGGAGUAUUGUCUGGCCCAGGUGGUGCAGAAAGACCUGGGGCGGAAGGUGCAGGUGGGACAGGAGCUCAUAGAUUACAUCGUGGAUAAGGAGAAGUCCCAGGACCUGGAGCAGGACCAAACGGCUCUGGACAGGAUGGUGGACGGCAUCGCUACCACCUGGGUCAACUCCUCCAAUUUCAAGGUGGCAUUGCUAGGUAUAGACCUUUUAUCUGCCUUAGUGACAAGGUUACAGGACCGAUUUAGGAACCAUGUGGGAACAGUGCUGGCCAGUCUGAUAGAUCGUCUGGGUGAUUCCAAAGACCAAGUCAGAGACCAAGAUCAAAUCCUGCUCCUGAAGAUCAUGGAGCAGGCUGCCUCCCCACAGUAUGUUUGGGACAGAAUGCUGGGAGGCUUCAAACACAAGAACAACAGGACCAGAGAGGGAGCGUGCCUUUGUCUCAUCUCAACUCUCAACAUGUACGGAGCCCAAGGCCUAACCCUCAGUAAAAUAGUCCCUCACAUAUGUAAUCUUCUAGGGGAUCCCACCAGUCAGGUGAGAGACGCAGCUAUGGGCUGCCUGGUGGAGAUCUACAGACACGUGGGGGAGAGGGUGAGGAUGGAUCUUAGCAAGAAGGGCCUGCCACAGUCACGGUUGAAUGUAAUCUUCAGCCGAUUUGAUGAAGUCCAAAGAUCUGGGAACAUGAUCCCAUCCUCAGGUUCAGAUAAGAACUUUGAUGAUGAGGACUCUGUGGACGGGGGCCGGUCCUCCUCCUCUGCAUCGUCCUCCAAGGCGCCCCCCAGUGGUAGGAGGGCUGUAGCUGCGGCUUCUGUCCGCAGGCCCAGCUCUGCCACCGGACCCGGCAAGAUCUCUGCUAAAGAUGCUGCUGCAGGUGCUGUUGAUGAGGAGGACUUCAUCAAGGCUUUUGAAGAGGUUCCUACUAUCCAGAUCCACUCCAACAGAGAUAUGGAGGACAAUCUCUCCAAGGUUCGGGAGGUUCUAUCUGACGACAAAAACGACUGGGAGCACAGAGUCGUCGCCCUGAAGAAGGUGCGUUCUCUGCUCGUGGCUGGAGCCCUGGACUAUGAUAGUUUCCCUCAGCAGCUCCGUCUGCUGGAGGCCCCUCUCAAGCUGUCAGCGAAAGACCUGAGGUCCCAGGUGGUACGAGAGGCCUGCAUCACACUGGGAUACCUGUCCACGUUGCUGGGAAACAAGUUUGACCACUGUGCAGAGACCCUGAUGCCCACACUGCUCAACCUGGUGCCCAACAGUGCCAAGGUGAUGGCCACGUCUGGCAUGGCAGCCAUACGUCUCAUCCUCAGGCACACACACUACUCACGUCUCAUCCCCAUCAUCACUAGUAACUGCACGUCCAAAUCAGUGGCCGUCCGAAGGCGCAGUUAUGAGUUCUUAGAGCUGUUAUUACUGGAGUGGCAGACACACACACUGGAGAGGCACGUGGCUGUUCUGACUGAAACCAUCAAGAAAGGGAUCCAUGAUGCUGACUCAGAGGCCAGAUCGGUCGCGAGAAAGUGUUAUUGGGGUUUCCAUGGCCACUACAGCCGGGAGGCGGAGCAUCUGUUCCAGGCCCUGGAGUCAACCUAUCAGAAGGCUCUGCAGUCUCACCUGAAGAGUUCUGACAGUGUCGUGUCUCUCCCCCAAUCAGACCGCUCAUCCUCCUCCUCACAGGAGAGCCUCAACCGGCCCCUGUCUGUCAAGAGUGCCAUAGGAGGCAGCAUGACAAGGGGUAAGAUGGUGAGUUCCAGGGUGAACUCCAACUCCGGCGGUUCCCUUCAGCGUUCCCGUAGUGAUGUCGACGUGAACGCCGCGGCCAGCGCCAAGUCACGCCUGAUCACCGUGCCCUCCGCUUCUCCCUUCAGCUCAGCAGCUGCCCUGCCCCCAGGCUCCUACGCCUCACUAGAUGGCACACCCGGUAAAAUAGAUACUGGCCGUGUGCGUACGAGGAGAACAAGCUCCGGCAAUGCUGUCGGAGCCAGCGCUACUGUGACUGACAGCAGGGGGCGCAGCCGAGCCAAAAUGAUGUCCCAGUCCCAGCGAUCCAGAUCUGCUAACCCCACUGGGGGUGGUAAGGCCCGAACUUCAUCCAAUCAGACUGGCAGUCGCUCCAGUUCCCCUGGCAAGCUGCUGGGCCACUCGUCUGGGUACGGGAGGAUCAGCAGGCCCCCCUCAGCCUCCAGCACCCCUGCAGACAAGAGGAGCAAGGUCCCCCGCAGCCAGGGCUGCAGUAGAGAUUCCUCUCCCAACAGGCUGGGCCUAGCAAGGAGCCGUAUCCCCCGGCCCAGCAUGAGUCAGGGCUGCAGCAGGGACACAUCUAGGGAAAGCAGCAGAGACACCAGCCCUGCUCGGGGCUUCAAGCCUCUUGCCUCCCGACGUACCUCCCGCUCUACCAGCGCCUUAUCCACGGCUGACCCCCACAGCCAGUCAGACCGAUUUGGUUUGAUCCACCAGGCCCGCAUUUCUGCCUCAGUGAACGCCAUGAGAGUCCUCAACACUGGCACUGAGGUGGAGGCUGCUGUGGCUGACGCACUGCUAUUAGGAGACUCCAGAAAUAAGCGGAAGCCUAUGAGGCGGCGCUAUGAGUCUCCUGGUAUCUACUCUGACGAUGACGCUAACAGUGAUGCGUCCAGCGCCUGCUCGGAACGGUCGUACGGCUCCCGGAACGGAGGUAUCCCUCACUACCUGCGUCAGACAGAGGAUGUGGCAGAGGUACUCAACCACUGUGCCAGCUCCAACUGGUCUGAGAGGAAGGAGGGACUGCUGGGACUGCAGAACCUGCUGAAGAGUCAAAGAAUACUCAGCCGGGUGGAGCUGAAGAGACUCUGUGAAAUCUUCACCAGGAUGUUCGCAGAUCCACACAGCAAGGUGUUCAGUAUGUUUCUAGAGACUCUGGUAGACUUUAUCCUGGUGCACAGAGAGGACCUGCAGGACUGGCUGUUUGUCCUGCUCACCCAGCUACUGAAGAAGAUGGGAGCUGACCUGCUGGGGUCUGUCCAGGCCAAGGUUCAGAAGGCUCUGGACAUCACCAGGGAGUCUUUUCCGUUUGAUCAGCAGUUUAACAUCCUGAUGAGAUUCAUUGUGGAUCAGACACAGACACCCAACCUCAAGGUGAAGGUAGCCAUCCUGAAGUACAUAGAGUCACUGGGAAGACAGAUGGAUCCUACAGACUUUGUCAACUCCAGUGAAACGCGACUGGCUGUAUCUCGCAUCAUUACGUGGACCACAGAACCCAAGAGCUCUGACGUCAGGAAGACCCUUCAUAACUGGGUGGUGGAGGAGCUAUCAGGCAGGUCCGGUACUGCAGCCUUACUGGAGGGGCACCUGGAAGAGAGGUGUAAGCAGGCGGCCCAGGUGGUGCUGAUUUCUCUGUUUGAGCUGAACACCCCAGAGUUCACCAUGCUGCUGGGAGCCCUGCCCAAGACCUUCCAGGACGGAGCCACCAAGCUGCUCCACAACCACCUCAAGAACUCCAGCAACACCAGCAGCGUGAGUUCUCCCAGCAACACUAUUGGGCGGACCCCACCCCGCCACACCCCCAGCCGGACCAGCCCCCUCACCUCUCCGACCAACUGCUCCCAUGGUGGGCUGUCUCCGAGUCGGUUGUGGGGUGGAUGUUGGAGUGGCGAUGGGCUGUCUAAGCACCCCCCUCCCCCUCAUCCUCCUCCGCCUCCCUCCACCCCCUCUGGCCCCGCCCUCAGGGUCCUCCGCAGAGCGUACUCUCCCAGUAUGUUGGAGUAUGACACAGAGAACAUGAACUCUGAUGAGAUAUACAGCUCCCUGCGAGGGGUCACAGAAGCCAUCCAGAGUUUCAGCUAUCGCAGCCAGGAGGACCUCAACGAACCAAGAGGGAAGAGGGACGAUACUGUGGGGCGUGAAGGUGUGGCGUCCUCUCCAGGCUCGGAUGCCCGUUUGGGGCUGGAUGUGGUGGAGGGUGGGCGUACGGCCUUGGAUAACAAGACCUCCCUCCUCAACACUCCGUCUCCCCGCUCCUUCUCUGGGCCGCGGGCCAGGGAGUUUGCCCCCUACGGCUAUGGGGACACCAUCACCUCAUCCUACGACAAGAGUGCCCUAAAGGAGGCCGUGUUCGACGAUGACGUGGAACAGUUCAGAGACUGCCGUCGGCAGGACGGCAGUGGUGAGAACAAGAUGGUGCUGCCUAAGGGCUUUGCUCCGGGUUCCCAGGACCACUCAGACCUUGUGGCAGAUCUUCUGAAGGAGCUGUCCAAUCACAACGAGCGUGUGGAUGAGCGUAAGGGGGCCUUGGUGGAGCUGCUGAAGAUCACACGAGAGGACAGCCUGGCCGUGUGGGACGAACACUUCAAGACCAUCCUCCUACUGCUCCUGGAGACACUGGGGGAUAAAGACCACACCAUCCGGGCCCUGGCUCUGCGGGUACUGAAGGAGAUCCUGAGAAACCAACCGGCCCGCUUCAAGAACUAUGCUGAACUCACCAUCAUGAAGACCCUGGAGGCACACAAAGACUCCCACAAGGAGGUGGUGCGGGCAGCGGAGGAGGCUGCCUCCACCCUAGCCGGCUCCAUCCACCCAGAGCAGUGUAUCAAGGUGCUGUGUCCCAUCGUCCAGACGGCUGACUACCCCAUCAACCUGGCUGCCAUCAAGAUGCAGACCAAGGUGAUCGAACGCAUCACCAAGGAGUCCCUCCACCAGCUGCUGCCUGACAUUAUACCAGGACUACUGCAGGGCUAUGACAACACGGAGAGUAGUGUUCGCAAGGCCAGUGUGUUCUGUCUGGUGGCCAUCUACUCCGUGAUUGGAGAAGAGCUCAAACCACACCUGCAGCUACUCACAGGCAGCAAGAUGAAGCUGCUGAACUUGUACAUCAAGAGGGCCCAGACGACCAACAGCAACAGCAGCAGUUCCUCGGAUGUGUCCUCACACAGCUAGCUGUAGGAGGGAUCUGCCUGUCUGUACUUUGCAUCUGAAUUAGGGGAUAUGGUGUGUGUCCUAAAUGGCAUCCUAUUCCCUAUAUAGGCCACUACGUUUGGGCUCUGGUCAAAAGUAGUGCACUAUAUAGUGAAUAUUAUGUCAUUUGGGACACAGUCAUACAG